AUGUUUCGGUCACUGCUUACCGCAGUAGUCUUUCUACCGUAUACCCUAACUUCUAUUCUUACAAGUCCAAGGAUUGCCGGUGGAAUAAAUGCCACGUUUGGAGAAUUUCCGUAUAUGGUCUCGAUCCAUCUAAAGGCGCGUGAAAUUUCCCCCGUUGGAGAUGGAUUCUACUGUACCGGCGUGUUGGUAUCGGCGCGGGACGUGCUAACCAGUGCGGACUGCGUUCUCAACGGCAGUGGUGCACGUGUUCCCGAAGAACUAAAGCUUUUGAUGGGUACCCCAUUCAGGGCAAACGGUACAGCGGCUAUUGAGGGCCUGGUCGAGAAAAUUUGGCUGCGAGAUGGUGGAGAUUUGGCUGUUCUAAGGUUAAAGUCGGAGACACUGAAUUUAAAGCCGGUAGUUUUGAAUGAAUUCGUUCAGCAAACACAGAAACAAUGCAUUCUAGUCGGAUGGGGAGCCAACAAUAGCGACUGGAAUCUGGUGGACCAACUGCAGGAAGUGUACAUGCGAGUCAGUGUGGAAAAUUGUUCGCCAAAUUUCAUAUGUGCAAGCGGUGAGAGAAAUAGCUCCGGAGCAUGCUAUAGAGAUGUCGGGUCACCAUUGCUAUGCGAUGGAUCCCUAGCGGGAGUUUUAGGAUCGAACCCGAAACGAUGUGGUGCCGGGCUGGUGGAGUUUUAUAGCAUACGAGACAAAAUGGGCUGGAUUCGGUCUCAACUUGCCAGAAAGCCUAUAUCUAAGCGAGCAAUUUUUUUCGUACAGAAGGAGCAACGAACGCCACACGGAAAGAAGUUCGUGUUGUGA